AUGAGAGAGAUGGAGCCUAAAACACAUGAGGACGCUUCGAUUAUCCAAGAAUCAUCCCUUACUUGCAUUGAUCUCACAAACACUGAUCUUCAUAAAUCAGCUCUUUUGCUCAAGCAGGCAUGUUUGGACUGUGGAUUUUUUUAUGUUAUAAAUCACGGUAUAAGUGAGGAAGUCAUGAACAAGGCUUUUGAGCAGAGCAAAAAGUUCUUCGAUCUUCCUUUGGAGGAGAAGAUGAAAGUGUUGAAAAACGAAAAGCACCGAGGCUAUACACCGUUAUAUGAUCAAAUCCCUGAUCCUGAGAAUCAAGUCCUAGGGGAUCACAAAGAGGGUUAUUACAUUGGAGCAGAAGUUCCCAGAGAUGAUCCUCAAUGGGAUCAGCCAUUCUAUGGCCCCAACCCUUGGCCUAAUCCUGAUGUUUUGCCUGGGUGGCGUGAGACCAUGGAGAUAUAUCAUCAAGAAGCAUUGAGGGUUUGUAAGGCCAUUGCCAAACUAUUGGCGUUGGCGCUUGACUUGGAUGUGGAUUACUUUGAUAGUUCUGAGAUGCUUGGAAAGCCUAUUUCAACUAUGCGCUUGCUACACUAUGAAGGGAAGUCGGAUCCAUCAAAAGGAAUAUAUGGAACUGGAGCACAUUCUGAUUACGGAAUGAUAACUCUCUUAGCAACUGAUGGUGUUAUGGGACUCCAGAUAUGCAAGGAUAGGAACGUCAAGCCUCAGAAAUGGGAAUAUGUACCGUCAAUUGAAGGAGCGAUUGUUGUGAAUAUUGGUGAUAUGAUGGAGCGUUGGAGCAAUGGCCUUUUCAAAUCCACACUGCAUCGGGUUAUUUUGAAUGGCCAGAAUCGAUAUUCAAUUCCGUUUUUCGUGGAACCGAGUCACGACUGUAUAAUAGAGUGUCUUCCUACCUGCCAGUCCAAAAACAACCUUCCCAAAUAUCCAGCGAUCAAAUGUUCGACGUACCUCAAGCAGCGUUACGAAGAAUCACAUGCGAAACUGAGCAGCUACAAAAAUCAGACCUAG